AUGCCGAGGCAUAAGCCUGUAAUUCCUCGCCUUACUACCUCUCCUGUAAAAAAGUAUCACCCGUAUAAUUUAAGCAAACCCAAAAAAUAUGUGGAUCUCCUUGGUGGCCAGUCUGCACCUGAAUCCAAACCCUCAACAUCCAAAAAGAAAGGACAUGAGCGCAUUCCAACUGCUGAAGUCCCCAUUCCCCAGCCAUCGCGACGCAUUGAGAUAGCAAACGCCAGUGGCACUGUGAUGACCCAACGCUGGGGGCCUGGAAUCGCAUCUAGAGAUUGGUGGCCAGUGCCAAAUCGCCACAAUCAUGUAGGAAAUGCAAUAUCAACAGAUGCCAGCAAUGUUUCGACUCCCCCUUCAACACCGGCUCUAAAAAAGGAAUCACCGAAAUGGGAGGCAUCACCUCAAGGUUGGCUGGAAGGUAUCGCAGAACCCGCUCUUUCAAACCCAGACUCCGCCUUACCCCCUACACCUUCGUGGUCAGCUUCCCAAAAACGGGCCAAGAGAGCAUUACAAAAUCCGCAAAAGCAAGCUGCAUGGCUCCAUUGGUGCCGCGAUAUAAUACACAACGCACUGGAAAUCUAUCUAGAAGUAGAGGCAAAGAAGGCAGGACGCAUACCCCUUGCCACCCCCAGCGAGAUGUCAUUUGACAGAAACGGAAAACUACAAACACCGGCAGUAUCGCUGUGCUCUCACUGCAAUGCGUCUCCCCGGUUUCAUUCACUCAUGACGAUCGCGUUCUCAGGUGCCGUGCGGUGGAUGUUCGAAUAUUGUGAAUGUCCAUCUAAUACUCUCCCGCUUAGCAUCAUCCAGUCUGGCUACUUUCCGGGGUCACCUGUAAUGCCUCAAGUUGCCUUCCAUUUCGACGUCCUUUCGCUGUAUUCAGCCUUACAUGUGGACUCGUAUACCCCGGCUGCCUCCUUUCAUGCCGCUUUGUUUUCCAUGUUACAAGAGAAUGGCUACAAGUUCACCCACAACGACCCUUUUCUCCAGUCGUUUAGUGAGGUGAUCACUUGGUUCCAGGCCUUACAUGAUUUAGUAGACGUUGAAACGGAGAGAGAAUUCCUCCAUCCCUCAUCCCCUGCGGCACCCAAUGCACCGCUAUGGCGUUCCGCGCUGGCCGAGUCCGCCGGGUCCAUCCACGCCGUUCCUGCUCACAACGGAGAUCCUUCGGUCGCUACAUCCCAUGGCAUGGUAUCUGUUGACCACGGCAUCCCAACCUUCACAAAGACGUCACAGGAUCUUCCGUCGAUGGUCCCUGAGCGAGCAAGGCUCAUUCGCAACCCAUCCGACACCACCGCCAGCCCAUACCUCCAUGCGAGAUGCCCCCAAUGUUUUGGAGGUUUGAUAUGGGGUAGUUCAGCCAUGUCAGAAACUAUGUUCGAGGGGAUCGCGGGAAGCGGGGCGGAGUACGGCGGCGAAAGGAGAACAGAGAAGGGACCGGUCGGUCCGGCGCGGGACGGGAACGAGAUGAUAAGUACGACAGAACUAAAGAGCGAUGAGGACCAGGGUAAUGGAACAGAAGAGAUGAAUGGGACAGAGAACGGCGAAGUUGGGAGGCAGAAAGGAUAA